AACAAAAAAAAAUAAACAUAACCCAAGUUUGACGUGGUCCCAGAAAAAAAUAACAAAUUUUCAAGCAAAACUCUAAAAUUUUAGCAAUAAUGGGCUUCUUUCACAUAGUCCUAGUUCUUAUUUUUACUAGUUCUAGUUUAGCUUGGGACUCGGAGCAACUUGAAGUGUUUGACGUUGUGGAUGAAGUGAAACAGAAUUUCUAUGAACUUUUAAAUGUCUCUCAAGAUGCCUCAAGUGCAGAAAUUAGAUCAGCUUUUCGAUUAUUAUCGCUCAAGUUACAUCCCGAUAAGAACCCAGAUGUGGACACAAAUGAACAGUUUCGUAACUUAGUUUCUGUGUAUGAAAUCCUUAAAACUCCAUCAAAAAGGAAGUAUUACGAUGAGGUUUUAGUCAACGGUUUACCCAAUUGGAGAUCUGCUGUAUAUUAUUACAGAUAUGUUAGAAAAAUGGGCUUGAUUGAAGUAUGCCUGAUAUUAUUUGUAAUUUUAACAAUUGGACAAUAUUUAGUAUACUGGGCGGCGUAUUUGGAAAAGAAAUUUACAAUUGAAGAGAAUCUCAAGAAAAAGAAACCACCAAAAAAAGGAAGAAUGCUUGAAGAAGAUUUAGACAUUAUCAUCCCAAAACCAUCAGUAUUCGAUACUUUACCAUUUCAGAUUCCUAAAUUAGUGUGGUUUUCUAUCAUUUCCAUUCCUUCCGCUCUAGGAUUCAUAAAGACUGCAGUAACACAACAGAUAGAAGAAUCUAAAAAGCCUCCACCUGAACCAGAACCGGUGCCUGUGAAAAUCAAAACCGUGAGGAAACGAAAUAAGUUUGUUGUUCCAGAGGGUCCCAAUUUUGAAACAACCCCAACAGGUGGUACUUUUAGUGACGGUUCUGUCUCAUCUCCUCCUCCUCCAGUAUCUGGGGGUCUGUGGACUGAUGAUGACUUAGAUGAAUUGAUUCGUCUAGUAAAAAAGUAUCCACAAGGGUCCCCUGGAAGGUGGGAAAGCAUUGCGGAUGCACUAAACCGAUCUGUGCCAGAAGUGACAUACAUGGCAAGCAAAAUGAAGGAGAAUGGAUAUAGACUGCCUUCAGAAAGGGAGGAGGAGUUACCACAAAUAAAAACCAAACAGAAAACGAAAAAAGAUGUGGAUACAAGUGAUAAUAUUACGAAAUGGAGUCAGGUACAGCAAAAAUCUUUGGAGGAUGCGCUGGCAAAGUAUCCUAAAGGCUGUACGGAUAGAUGGGAUAGGAUAGCUGAUAAUGUUCCAGAUAAAACAAAGGAAGAAUGUAUGAUGCGGUUUAAAUAUUUGGCAGAAGCGUUAAAAAAGCAGAAAGAAUCAGUGAGUAAUGCUGUUUUAGAUGGGAAUGAAGUUUCGGAAAAUGCAGAAUCAUAAUUAUUGUAGGCAAACCGAUUUUUGUUUUAUAAAUAAAAGUA